AAGGGAGUGGGAUCCGCCCCCUUUCGCUCAUCUGAUUGGUGGCGCGGAACGUCCAUCAAGGCGUGGGGGGAGGCCGGCUUCCGGUGUCGUCGCGUCGCGUCGCCGUGUACAGAGCGAGAGCGAGCGCGCGCGCGCGAGAGCGAGCGGCUGAGGGCGAUUAAAAGAAGAAAAAAAAGAUUUAAAAGGAAAAGCCAUCGGUUUUUUUCUUUCUCCUCAUGUGGAGUUAGUCUGCGGCGGUCACCGAGUCGGUUGAUUGUUGGUGGAAAUUGAGCGCGGAGAUAAACACUUCAGGAACUGUUCUUCAGGCAGUAAAUGGUUGUCAGUAGACAGCUGAAGUUCCUUGCCUAGUGGAAGAAGACUAUCUUAAAGAGAUUCUUGCCAUGUGUGUUCCAAGAAGAUGGGUGUUAAUGCUUCUACCUACCCGUAUCCGUCAUGUCAGACAGCUGGGGUGAAAACACAGUCUUCAAAUGCAAUCGGUGAAUCCCCUUCGCAUCCUCAGUUCGGAUGUCAGCUGGAAGGGAAGCUCUGCGUCUCUGGGCUGGGCCAGGACAAGCGUGAGAAGAAGAAGAGCUCCAACCUUGCCUUGCUGAAGAAGAAGCUGUUCAGGCGGCGCAAGUCGGCCAAAUCGGCUGACCAUGCCAAGCACAUGCGGGAGCUCCUCUGCAGCUGGGAUGUGCGAGACGUGGGCCUGCUGGUGAAGCAAUAUGAAGCGGCUCUGGCCGUGAAGGAGCUGGCAAUUCAAGCAUGUGUGGCCAGGCCAGAGGCCAGCCGCUUAAAUGAGGAUUUGGCCAAGUUGUACCAGUUCAAGUACUGUACGGAUGUGGACCUGAUAUUCCAGGGUACAUGCUUUCCUGUCCAUCGCGCCAUCCUGGCAGCGCGGUGCCCUUUCUUCAAAACCCUCCUCCUGUCUAACCUGGACCGUGCGGAGUUGGUUAUGGACAUCAGCACUGUUGGCAUAGACAUACCGAUAUUGUCUUCGCUAUUGCACUACUUGUACAGUGGAGAGUUUGGCGUGCGGGAUUCCCAGAUCAAAAAUGUUGACAUCCUAGUGCGUCUCAGUGAGGAGUUUGGCAUGCCCAAUGCCCUUCACUUUGACAUCUACAGCCUCCUGGAGAGUUGCUGCUAUUACGACGCGGUCCUCAGCUUCACCUCCAGCCCCGAGGCCUCCGACGGCUUCGAAGGGUGCCGCCUGGAAGGUGACUUCCGCUGCCACAAGGCCAUCCUCUGCGCCCGCUCGCCGUUCUUCCGCAACCUCCUCCAGAAGCGGAUCCGCAGCGGGGAGGAAACCACAGACCGGACCUUGCAGACCCCAGCCAGGAUUGUUCUGAACGAGGCAAUCAUUCCAAAGAAGUAUGCAAAGGUUAUUUUGCAUUGCAUGUACACAGACCUGGUGGACCUGGAUUUGGUCCUACCAUUCAGCCCGUCUACAGGGAGUUUGAGGGAAGUGCAGGAUGAAUCAGGGAAGGACAGCGAAACCCGGUUGGAAAACGCAAUGGAACUGUUCCAUAUCGCACUCUUCAUUGAAUUCGACAUGUUGGCCCAAGGCUGUGAAGAUCUGAUUGUUGAGAGCGUUACGCUGGACUCACUAGUGACUAUCCUGAAGUGGAGUUCGCAACCUUAUGGAUCCAAGUGGGUCCAUCGGCAGAUGCUGCAUUUCCUCUGUGAGGAGUUCAGUAAUAUCAUCGCUUCAGACAGUCUCUUGGAGCUCAGUAAGGAGCACCUGAUGGCAGCCAUCCAGUCAGACUACCUGCAGGCAAGUGAGCAGGAUAUCCUGAAGGCUGUGAUUAAAUGGGCUGAACACCAACUGGCGAAACGUCUGUCUGAUGAGGAGCCCAAUUUGUUGAAUGGGACAGCACACAGUGUUAACAAACGUGGAGUGAAGAAACGUGAUUUGGACUGUGCGCAGCUCCGCGAGAUCGUCUGCGACCUGGUGCCACACAUUCGCAUUGCUCAUGUCCUUCCAGCGAAGAGCGAGGCCCUGUCUGAUGCAAUGAAGCGAGCAUUGAUCAGUUCUCCUCCACUGGACAUGCUCCCACCCCCAGAGGGAAGGAAAUCCAGAGCAUGGUUUUGCCUCAAGGCCUCUGGUAUCGGUGCCAGACCUCGUCUGUUUACGCCAUACAUCGAGGAAGCCAAGAUCGUGCUGGAUGAGCUGAUGUCAGAGCAGAGCAGUCUGGAAAAGGUUCGAAUGAGCCGGAUCUCCAGUGUCCCAGACACUCUCUACAUGGUUGACUCCAGCGUAGCGGAUUUUUCUCGUUUUAAUUCUGGAUCACCCCAGGGAUGUGAUGAAAGUGUUUCUGCCACUCUGCGAGAUGAAGUACCUGUGCCCCCAGUAGAUGUCGCCAAGUCCAUGUUCAGGCGUCUCAGGGAGAUUUGGCACAGUGACCAGGUACAGCGGGCAUAUGCUCUGAACAUCGGUGCAGGGGCCGCUGUGACCCAGGCAGUCUAUUUACGGGUGGUCAGAGAGUUUGGCCUCCCAGAUGCUACCACUGAGUUAUUGAAGUAUCCCACGGUGUAUUUUCCGAAUGAGCAUCUGAGCAUCGACAGCCCGGUCUUGGGGAAACGCCUGCCUAAUUCCCGCCGGGCCACCCCUGUGAAGGAAACCAAUGUCCAGAGCUUGGAUCCCUUCCGGAAUUUCAGCCCCCCACUCCCUCCGCCACCCCCUCCCUACCACCCUCCUCUGUCACCCCGGAGGGAGCAGAUGCAGGCCGGUGAAAAGAAAGAAGAGAGUCAGCCUACCUCAUGCCGUGCCCUGCGUGCUAAUCUGCAGCCGCACUCUGCUGCUCGGACCUUGGAACAGGCCGUUCAAGCUUCUCUCAGGGCAGCAAAUUGUGAGGAGCCCUCCGACGAUCGCUCGGCACUCGAAGAGCAGGUUUCCAAGAGUGCAGUGAAGGAAUUGAUGCCAGACAUUGCCAUGGCAGCCACAUCAAAGCCAAGCUUGCCAGCCAAAGACCCUGAGCUUUGCAAAGCUGUGUCUGAAGCAGGUCAGGAUCCCACGGAGCUGAGCGCUGAGGCUCCCGAACUGCCCUGCUCAAGUCGCGGUGUCAGCAAGUACAGCUUGAGGAAGAAGAAACACUCUCGGGGACAGAAACCCCGCAGGCACGUAGACUUUUGGAACUACCCUGACUUUUAUGACUUCUCUCCGGACGACUCUGGCCAGCCUUUUGCUCCAUCCCAGAAGUUGCCCAGCCCUGCCCCAUCCCCUUCAAAGGGUCACACGUUCUGCCAGGAUGCGAAAAGCAACUCCAGACAACCCACGAGCUUAAAGCCACCUCAUUUAAGCCCAGCAUUGCUUUCAAAAAGAAAAGAGACCUUGAACAGUGAGUCCGUAGAAGCUCACGAGAAGGCCGACCUUCGGAGGACUUCUGUAAGUUUUGACCCACCGCCUGCAGUAGAGGUUAUUCAUUGUACUGCUGGCACAGAUCUGACCCAUGGUCUGCCAGCUCACGAGGAAAGGCUGCUGGAUGUACCUCAGCAAUUCGGGAGGCCUGACCAGCAAAUACCUUUAGAACCAGCUGAUUACAAAGCCUUUGCUGGUGGGACAUUGAUAGGCACAGACUUAAUCCAUGGCUUGCCGGCUGAAGAGUCGAAGCCCAGGCCCAGGCUUGUGUCACCUGUCAAGUGUUCGUUCCUCCCUUGUGAGCCACUGUCAUCCCAGCUGAGACGAAGGAACUCACCGCAGACCAUAGUAAAGUCGGACAACUUCCCGUCGCCAGCACCUACCUGUUGCGACUACCUUUAUCGGAGGGGUGGUUCUGACGCUGCAGUGACCACGGACUUGACUUCUAGUCUUCCCGCCAGCCCUGGUGUAGGUGUGCCGUUCAUCUCCGUCAUUGAGGACGCAGCUGGGAGACUAGCCGAGGCAAGCCACCUCUCACCAUCAAACUGUUGUAUCAGCCAUAGCGUGAACACCAAGAGACAGCCAAAUAAGUCUGAACCGAGAGACUUUCUAUACAAGAAGUCGGCUCUAUAAAUCUGGCGUAUGUUAUUUCCCUUCUGAUGUUUUGUGUCCUUUUUCUCCCUUUCUCUAUCUUAUUUGUUUUGUUUUUUUACCCUCUGUCUCUAUUUUCCCUUUCUUUUCCCAGUUUUCCUCUUACUCUUUCUCUUUCUCCUCUCUCAAUCUCUUCUUUCUCUUUCUCUCUUCUUUCUCUUUCUCUCUCUCUCUCUCCUUUCCUUCCAAAGGAUGCCCAUCAAACAAAAAAUCAUGUGGUGCGAUGGAAAUUCUUGUGACUUUAGUCAUGGUUAGCUGGUUGGCCGCACUGACUGCAUGCCUACAUCCCGAGCUGUUUGACCCAGAUGAAUCAUGGGGGAUGAGUCUCUGAGCAAUACAAACAAUUCUAGUGACUGUAUUUACAGUAGGGAGGUCUUGUUUUGUGCUUACGUUCUCUUUCUAGUCCCAUAACGAGCUGAUAGAGUGGACAGGAAGGGAUGUGGUCUGGGGGAUGGAUUUUUUUUUUUGCUCAGUCUCAGUUUAUUUUGACAAGAGGGCAUAAUUGAAAUGUGCUGUAUGUUGACAGGGAGAAGAGUCCCAUGUCCUAUGCAAGUUAAACAGGGGCAAAACAGAGGAACCAGUUGAGGAAGAUUGAAAACUUUGGGCAAAAAGCACAAGGGAAUGAUUUUUUUUAUUUUGGAAUUGUUCUGCAAAGAAACUUUCUCUUUAGUUCAGAAAUUAUGACUGGGUUUGCAUUUCUGUUUAUUUCUGUUGAACUGGAGUGUUAUAAGUGAAGUGAAGUGGACAGAUGUUUUUGUGUCAAUGCUUCGCUACAAGGCAGUCAUUCCAAUUCACAAGAACCGGCUCCACCCACGGGCACUUGCUGCUCACUGCAUGGAAAUGGGGUCAUUGCAAGUAAGACUUAUCCCAAGCUUGAUUCUUGCUGCGUGUUGUCAGGCAAGCGGUGUUUCCCCUUCUCCCCCCGCCCCCCACUUGGAAUUGUGAGCAUUGCUGCAUGCAGGAAGGAAGUAUUAGUCAAGAUCCUUCCUGCAAUGCCAUCCAUCCUCUGUGCCUAUCACCAAUCAACUUCAACGAGGGCAUGCUCCCACGCUUGUAUUUGUCCCUCAGAGCAAAUGUAGCCUCCCUCUGAUUUGGGCAGGAGAGCCCUUCUGGAGCCCAGUGCCACUGGGAAGACGAUCAGAGUUGCUGCCUCAUCCACCCAGGAUGAGGGUGCUUCACUGUGGAUGAGAAACGGGGGAAAUAAAAGGAGUUAAUAUUCAAGUGAAGGGGCUGUCUCUUUAUUUUACCAUGGUAUUCUGUAGCCUGAUGCAAAUAACUAUGCUGGAAAUGAUUUCUCUAGUAAAAUUAUGAAUUUUUAAAAACUGGAGCUUGGACAAUAGUUUGUAGAACGUUUUGCUGUAUCAGCUAAACUGUAUGGGGGGAGGUCAAUUUCAAGAAAUGCUCAUGUGCUUUUACUUGUAGGUAACGCAGGCAAAGCAACCAGUCUCUUAUCACUGACAUUAAACUGCCUGUUCAGGUUUUGCCCAGAUGUUAAAGAUCUGGGGUGAACUGCUAGAUUAUCAAUAAGUAUUGUGAGAAAUUGAGAGAGGGAGUGUGUUGUGCAAAGGAGGCAGAUCGGGUUGAUAAUAGGGCUAUUUUGUUGCAUGGUUAGUUAUGCAACCCGUAAAGGCACUGGAAAUUCCCUCGCACCCUUAACCUGUCCCAGGACUCCUCUUUUCGAGGCCCUUUACUCAUAACCUUAACUGUCUCAAGCUGCUUCUAAACUGCUUUGGAGAGGUUGUUUCUAUUUUAGACAUCUUGAAGUUUAAAAUUAUGUUUUGAAUAUAUUUUUAUAUGAUAUUAUCAACUGCGCAUCUACAGGUUGUAUCACCUUUUCCUAAAACAUUUAGUCUGUUUAAAUUCCAGCCUCUGGUUUCUACCAUACUUGUUGAAAUGCUCAUUGAAAUCAUGAAUUAAUUUUUUUUUUGUAUUUAAAAUAAAAAAAAAAUUUGAUUUUGAAACUCUCUAGUGAGCCAGGGUUUUGUUCUAAGGCAGUUUAAAGAGGCAUGUACCACCGCAAACUUAGCCAAAGCUUUAGGCGUAAUCUGUAAACCGAUUUAAUCUGAUGCUGUUGCAAGUAUUAGAGGCAUGUUCUAUAUUGUCCAUUCUCAGUCCUUUUGGACCACUAGUAUUCUGCAAUUAGGUUAAAAAAAAGAGGAUUGUGAUUGUGCAUGCCACUGAAGGAGCUGCCAAGACCAAAACCAGAUGUGUGUGUGGGGUCAGCUGAUAAGGCUGGAUCCUCACUUGAAUAAUGAGGUUCACUUUCCUAAUUUGUCAGCAAACUAUUAUCAAUAGAUCAGAACAUAGAUGGAGCAGAAUUAGGCCAUUUAGCCCAUUGAGCCUACCAUUUCACCGAGGCUAAUUGAUUAGCCCUGUCAACCCGACUCUUCUAUUUAAACAACGGAGAGCACAGAGAAAGUCGCAGGCUGGUGGUGCCCCCCUUCACUGGAGGAACAGUAAUAAAACUGAUCCACCAAGCAACAUCCCUCCUCCCAUUAAUUUUGAGGUGUUCAUUCUUAUCACUUUCAAGUAGCUAGUUUGCGUUUAUGCAGUUGGCCUUUUCUCUAUCACCUUGAAACUUUGGAGACAACUUCUACAAAAAUCCGCUGCCAGCUAUGUGUUGACUACAGUUACAACACUGGUGAUCUGUGACUUAGAUUAGCACUGGUAAUGUUCUGUUCUCCCUCACCUUUUGUGGUCCAAUAUACAGGCAACCGUGAGGUUCUACAGAUGCUGGAAAUGCAGUGCAGUGCGCACACAAAAUGCCGGAGGAACUCAGCAGUCAGGCAGCAUCUAGGCAGAGGUUCCCAACCUAUUUUAUGCCAUUAGACAAGGGGUCUGUGGACCCCAGGUUGGGAACCCCUGAUCUAUGAGGAGGAAUUACUGUUUAUUCCUCUCCAUCAAUGUCACCUGGCCUCAGUUCCUCAAGCAUUUUGUGUGUGUUGUAAAAGACAAUGUCUCCUUAUUUUCUUACCCACCACCCCCCCCGCCAACUUCAGUAUUAUUUUUAUCUACUUUACCAUCAGAUCACUAAAUAUUUUAUGUGUUAGUAUUAUGGUCAACCUUGUGACUCGGGAAGCCACCAGAUUAAGCCCUUGCCGUUUGCCACUAGACCUUUGAAUAAGUUUUGAUCUUUUUUCCUGCUUGGGGAAAAGCAGAAAAACUUCCAUCAGAGUUGUCUAAUUGGCCGAGUCAUAUUUGCAAGGCUGACCCACAAGGAGUCAUUGUUUGGCCAGUGAUUUACAACCUGUCGAGUACCACAUCAGUACUGAAGGCAAGCUGAAUGUCUGGAUAAACUUAAGAGCAACUUGUUCAACCUUCCAGCUUGACAUUGAAUUUCCUCUUCAAAGAUUUCCAUAAAACAUAGAUGCAGAAUUAUCCUUGCAGCCCAUCGAGCCUACUCCACCAUUUGAUCACGGCUGAUUCUUUUCUCCUUCUCAGCCCCAUUUUCCUGCCUUCUCCUCAUAACCUUUGACACCCUAACUAAUCAAGAACCUAUCAACCUCAGCUUUAAAUAUACCCAAUGACUUGGCCUUCCCAGCCAUCUGUGGCUUUGAAUUCCACAGAUUCACCACCCUCUGGCUAAAGAAAUCCUUGCUCAUCUCUGUUCUGAGAGACAUCCCUCGUUUCUGAGGCUGUGCCCUCUGAUCCUAGAUUUCCCCCAGCAUAGAGAACAUUCUCUCCACAUCCACUCUAUCGAGGCCUUUCAAUAUUCAAUAGGUUUCAAUGAGCUCACCCCUCAUUCUUCUGAAUUCCAGCAAGUAGAAGCCUAGAGCUCCUCAUACUGUACAUUAACCCUUUCUUUCUUGGGAUCAUUAUGAAUCUCCUCUGGACCCUCUCCAAUGCCUGAACAUCUUGUCUGAGAUGUGGGCCAAAAACUGCUCACAGUACUCCCAAGUGGGUCUGACCAAACUCCAUCUAUACAUUCUCCAUCAUCUAAAAUAGAUUAUAUAGUACAGUACAGGCCCUUUGGCCCACAAUGUUGCGCUGAUCUUUUAACCUACUCCUAAGAUUCAUCUAACUCUUCCCUCCUACGUAGCCCUCCAUUUUUUUUUCUCAAGAGUUAAGUUCCUUGCAUGCAGAGACAUGAUUCUGCAGAUGCUGGAACUCUUGAGCAACACGCACACACGCGCGCGCGCGCGCACACACACACACACACACACACAGGGGGAACUCAGCAAGACACGCCUCCCUCUUCAUCACCUUCAUCUGGUUCCCCUCCACCUUCCCUUUCUGUCAUGGGUCACUCCUUCUUUAUCAGCCUUUUACCUCUUCCCUCUCACAUGUCCUCGCUGAUCACCUAUAUUCCUUCCCCUCGCCUUCUCUCCCCCACCACCUUAUUCUGGCUCCUACCCUUUCCAGUCCUGAUGAAGGGGCUUGGCCUGAAACGUCGACUGUUUAUUUCCCUCCUGACUUGCUGAGUUCCUCAACACUUUAUGUGUGUGUUGGCCUAGAGCAGGGGUUCCUAAUCUGGGGUCCACAAACCCCUUGCUUAAUGGUAUUGUUCAAUAACAUAAAAAAGGUUCAGAACCCCUGCUCUCCUGCUGAGAGAGUCAGAUACUUCUACGUGUUGACCUAAAGCUGACAUUUAAAUCCAGCUGAAGCACACCAGUGAGGCCUCACUUGGAGUACUGUGAGCAGUUUUGGGCCCCUUAUCUAGGAAAGGAUGUGCUGACAAAGGAGAGGGUUCAAGGAAGGUUCACGAAAAUGAUUAUGAGAAUCUAAGGCUCGUAUGAAGAACGUUUGAUGGUUCUGGCCCUCUACUCACUGGAAUUCAGAAGAAUGAGGGGUGACCUCAUUGAAAACCUUUCGAAUGUUGAAAAGGUCUCGAUAGAGUGGAUAUGAAGAGGAUGUCUUCUAUAGUGGGGACCUGAGGACACAGCAAAAUAGAGGGGUGUCUGUUUAGAAUGGAGAUGAGGAGGAAUUUCUUUAGCCAGAGAAUAGAGAACCUAGAAUUUAUAGCUACAGGCAGCUGUGGAGGCUAAGUCAUAGGGUAUAUUUAAGGCAGAGGUUUAUAGAUUCUUAAUUAGUCAGAGCAUGAAGGGAUACGGCGAGAAGGCAGGAGAUUUGGGCUGAGAGGAAAAUGGAUCAGUCAUGAUGAAAUAACAGAGUAGACUUUUAAAAAGAAAUCUAUAGUAAGGGAAGGGGGCAGAGGAGGGUUGGGUUCACAGAAAAAAAGAAGUUUAACAGUGAUAAUGGUGUUCUGAUGGCAUCGUACUUGUGUUCCUUGAGUCUGACUGCCAUUGGUCAAGACUCCAGACUUGCUGUGGCAACAGCCCGAGAUCAGCAUUGCAAGACAGACAGCUUUGUGCUGUUUGUAUGGAUAACCACCCAGAGUUGAUAACUGGUCACACGUUGGUUCUGAUAACAAAAAUGUGUCUCAAACUCUUUUGACACUUUGAGGGAAAGGGAAAAAAAUAAUUUUGCAUCCUUUUUAAAUAAAUAGACCAUAAGACAUAGGAGCAGAAUUAGGCUAUUUGGCUCAUUGAGUCUGCUCUGUCAUUCAAUCUUGACUGAUUUAUUAUCCCUCUCAACCCCAUUCUCCUGCCUUCCCCCCUAACCUUUGACCCUUGACGCCCUGACUAAUCAAGAAUCUUUCAACUUCUGCUUUGUAUACCCAAUGACUUAAACUCCACAUCCGUCUGUGAAUUACACCGAUUCACCACCCCCUGCUUAAGAAAUUCCUCCUCAUCCAUAUUCUAAAAGGACAUUCUGAAGCUGUGCCUUUGGGCUUAGAAUCCCGCACUAUAGGAAGCAUCCUCUCCAUGUCCUCUCUAUCUAGGCCUUUCAAUAUUCGAUAGGUUUCAAUGAGCCCUUCGAGUCUGCUCUGCCGUUCCAAAAUGGCUGAUUUAUUAUCCCUCUCAAACCAGUUCUCCUGCCUUCUCCCUAAAACCUUUGACACCCCUACUAAUCAACAACCUAUCAACCUUGGCUUUAAAUAUGCCCAUUGACUGAUCUCCACAGCUGUCCAUGGCAAUGACUUCCACAGAUUCACCCACCCUCUGGCUGAGGAAAAUCCUCCUCAUCUCUGUUCUAAAUGGAUGCCCCUCUAUUCUGAGGCUGUGCCCUCUGGUCCUCAACUCCUCGACUAUAGGAAACUUCCUACACACCCACUCUAUCAAGGCCUCGCCGUAUCCAAUCUACAUAGGCCUUUCAAUAUUCAAUAGGUUUGAAUGAGAUUUUUGGGCCAGUGAGACAAACUGGAAAACCCAUCCCUAAAUAGAGGGUGUGGGGUACAACACCAUUUAUCAGCUACUUAUAAUGCUAUCCUAACAUCUCUAUCCUGGCAUCUCCACAGCAGUUCACACCCCGAUUCAUGCAAAGAUUAGUGACCCUCUCAUUACCUCUGCGACUCUUAACGACCCUCAUGUGAUUGCUGUACCUUUAAACAACUCGGAAAACUACCCGCCAUAGAUCAGAACUGACGAAGCCUCUCAGAUGAAUGGCGAAACGUCUUCUAGUCAACACAGCAAGUCCAGUUGAUUCACUACUGCUUGUUUUACAAUGAUCUGGAUAAUUGAGAACCUUCAGAGACACUCCUCAUAUGUUAACCCUUUCUUUCCUGGGAUGAUUCUCGUAAACCUCCUCCGGACCAUCUCCAAUGCCAAUACAUCUUUUCUUAGAUAGAGGGUCCAAAACUGCUCACAAUACUCCAAGUGCAGUCUAACCAAUGCCUUAUAAUUCAUCAAGCAUUACAUCCUUUCUUUUAUAUUCCAGUCCUCUCAAAAUGAAUGCUAACAUUGCAUUUGCCUUCCUCACCAGCGACUUAACCUGCAAGUUAGGGAAUCCUCUGUGAGGACUCAGGAUACCCACUUUCAUGUAGCCUUGCAUGUCGUUUAACCCCUGAUGCCAGCCGUGGUGUUGACAGGGUCUGCGGAGUGUGAUUGGAGCAAGUAGGGAUGUUGCUUUCAGCUGCUGUGAUGGGGCUGAGCUUGAAACUGCAGUGGAGACUCAAGGCAGCUGGAAAGAACAUUCAGGGUUCUGCACAGUGCACCUGGAACACAAGCAUUACAUUCAACCACUCAAGCCCAUUACACCAUUUAAUUAGAUCGUGGUGUAGCUAUAUUCAUGGUGAGGAUUGUUGCAAACUCCAUCCUCAGGGUUGUUUCACUCACAAGUGCGCCCUCUUUGACAGUGCAUGGUUAGCAGACUUCUCGUUAGCUUACUUACUUAAUGCCCGUAAUGCCGCUGGCAUUUAGGGCAGCAAUGAAGGUCCUCAUUGGUUGCUGAACUCAUGAACCUGCAGGACCAGUGGACCACUCUUAGCCUGGCCUCUACCCUUUGACCUGUUUGGCAUGGGUGACCCUACCAAGAGCCAAAGCAUAAAGCCCUGACUCAGCCAACAUAGCUCUCCGGAUAACUGAGGCACACAAACCGCCAAACACAGACAAGGCUUUGAGGUUCUCAUUAGCAUUGAAUCAUAAAGACAGGAGAUUCUGCAGAUGCUGGAAAUCCCAAAGCAACACACACAAAAUGCUGGAGGAACUCAGAAAGUCAGGCAGCAUCUGUGGAGGAGAAUAAACAAGUCAACGUUUCGAGCUAAGAUACUUCAUCACCACCUGAUGAAGGACCUCGGCAAGAAAUAUCGACCCCGCAAUAGCAUUGGCCACCACACGAAAACUGAUUGUUUCCCCUUGUAUUGGUACCCACAUCUGCUUUUGCAAGACCACAAGGCAUAGGAACAGAAUUAGGCUACAGGGCCCAACAAAUCUUCUCUGCUGUUCCAACGUGGCAGCUUUAUUAUCCCCAUUCUCCUGCCUUCUCCUCAUAACCUUUGACAUCCUUACUAGUAAGACCAUAGGAGUGCAAAUAGGCCAUUCAGCAGAGACUUAGUCAUUUUUAGCAUGUGCCGAGGCUCAAGCCAAAGACUUAAAGGACCCAUAUGCAGAAUCAGCAGAAAAGUAUUUGAAUGGGAGGUGGUUUACUGAAGAACUGAAAAUCAUCAUAGCUUCAAUUUCCCACUUGAGCGUGCGUUGGUAGAGUCUGCAAGCCAUUCUUAAUCCUUCACCUGCAGAGCAAUGGCAGGUUCUUGCUUAAACCACUGCCCACCAACUUUUUUAAACACCUCAUAAGCAGAAGAGAUUCUGCUGAUGCUGAAAAUCUUGAGCAAUGCACUCAAAACGCUGGAGGGAAUUCAUCAGGUCGGGCAGCAUCUGUGGAGGGGAAUAAAAUGAGGGUUAUGUAGGAUUGAUUUUGGAAGAUCAGCCCAACAUGGAGGGCUGAAGGGCUUGUACUGUGCUGCACUGUUCUAUGUUCUAAUCUAGGGGUUCUCAACCUUUUUUAUCCAUAGACCCCUACCAUUAACUGAGGUGUCCGUAAACUAUUUAAGUUUUUGGCCAAGACUUUUGACUGUUCAUUCCCCUCCAUCAAUGCCACUUGACUUGCCGAGUUCCUCCAGCAUUUGUGUGAGUAUUAAGUACUUAGCUGGUUUUAAAAUUUACCUAUUCACUUACACAGGAGAUAAUUUAUAAUUGUCCCAGGCUAUAUUAAUGGUACUGCUCCACCGUGUUACAUUUGGGAAGAUGUUAAAGGAAGGAUGGUAAUUAAAUUCCAUCAAUCACAUUUUUGUAAGUGCCAUGCCCUACUUUUUAUAACAAACAAAAGUUUACCAUUUAAUCUACAUGUUAAUGACUGAAUCCCAGCUCACCUGUAAGCCACAUUGAGAGUCAUUGCCUUUGUAAAUUUCCCCAUGUGUAUAAUAUGUGUUUCUUCUAAAUCUAUUUUUCUACAACAUUAGGUGUGUCCAGUGUCAAUUAGGGAAAAUAAAUUGAUUAUGUUUUUUUUCCACCCAAAUAGUAAGUUAUUUAUAUACUAUAGUUGCUUGGAUCUUUCUAAUGUCCCAACAAUAAUAAAUGUAUGA